AUGAGAACCGUGCGCGGGAGAUUGUCCCAGCCCCACACGCAACGCGCUGAGGUUGAUAAACCAGUCCCAAUUCCCGCCUUCCUUCAACAGAAUUGCGGCCGCGUGCAGAGUGUUGGCCACCAUGGUGGGCCCACGGUAUGUGACCAAAUUAGCCUUCGUAAUCAUCCGCACGUUCUCGAACCUCCGGAAGAUCGAGUGGUUGCUGACGUAAUUGCGCAGAUCGAGCCGCUCGGCCUCCGAAGACUCGGCGUCGAGGUGCACGACGUACUGGUUGUUGGGGUGGUAGAGCGCCUCGAGCGUGCGGCGGAGCAUAGCGCCGUCGCCGGCGGAGCCGGAAAUCAGGCCAGCCGCGGCGGCGGGGGUAGAUCGCUGAUCGGCAAGGGUUUCAGCCUCGGCUCGACGAAGAUGGAGGCGGCGGCAGCGGCCGCGGCGGAGGGGGAGUAA